AUGUUGGCCGAAGCGAACACCGAACCAGAGGCGGAGGGCGUGCCCGAGGCCAAGGCGCAGCUCGAGGACGAGGAGCCGCCCGAGGCAAAAUACAAGAGAAAGGAAUAUUUUCUGUAUCUUCGAGGCAGUGCCACGACAGCUUACCAAAGGAUUCAACAAAGGGCAAGGGAUGAAGAAAACACACUGUCCAAGGAUUACAUUCAACAGCUUCAUCUUAUUCUGGACAACUGGAUGGAGAACGAACCAGGACUUCAUGCAGUCGUGGAUGCCACAGGAUCUCCAGAGACAGUGCAACAACAAGUCAUCGAGGCCUUGGGGCGCCGUGUAAACGGCCUCAUUCCAUUUGGAGCGGAGGUAGCUCAACUGUUCAACGAAGAUAAGCAGAUUACUAUGCAGCUUUUACGCGCAGAACUGCGGGAGGCGUUCACCGCAACACUGUGA